AUGGCCGCCGCUAUAGGUCAGACGAUCUCCGUGAUAGACAAGUCUGGGAAAGUUGUUAGCACCAGCAAACAUCUAUUCAGCGUGUUUAAAGAAGCUCGUUCUGCCUAUAAGGAACGCAAGGCGGUUAUCCGUAGCGCGGAGGAUGCAAAAAAGGCAGAACGAGACACCCGUCGAGCCCUUGCAGCAUACACCAUCGAGGAUGGCCGCUCCACGACUGCUAAACGGCACCUAGGCCGAGCCAAAUCGGUUGUUCGGCACCAUGACGACGACAGGCAAAGCAGACAUCACAGUCACCACUCGAGCAGGUCGCAAAAACGCCGGUCGUUCGAAUUUGAGAUUCACUCCGAGUAUCCCGAAGGCCACCAUCCCAACGCCCAGCUUGCCCGACGCCAUACGGACUAUGACCUUACUAUGGCAAAGCCUGUUAGGCCUCCAUACGGCGAAGUACGCGCCCAUACCCUCCCCAAAGUCGACAUGGAUCUAGCAUACGGCGAAUUCCAUCAGUCUGCACUCGAUCGACUCGAUCCGGAACCUAACGAUAUGCCCGGACUCGUGGGAAAGGUCAAGGAUCUACUCGUUGAAGCCGACUGCGCCCAUCACUCCGUGACAGCAACUAUUGCACACCUGCAGUCAAACCCGGAUGCCAUGGCCGCUGUUGCUCUCACCCUGGCUGAAAUCAGCAAGCUCGUGACGGAUCUCGGCCCCACUGCGCUUGCAACCCUGCGAGCCAGUGCACCAGCCGUUUUCGCUCUCCUGGCGAGCCCACACUUCAUGAUUGCGGCCGGUGUGGGUAUCGGCGUCACUGUAGUGAUGUUUGGAGGAUACAAAAUCAUCAAACAGAUCUCAUCCAAGCCUGAAGGAGUGGAAGAACGCCAACUCGAAGCUCCUGUUAUGGUCGACGAGCUACUUGAAGUCAAUUCCAGCAUGAGCCGCAUCGAAGGCUGGAGAAGAGGAGUUGCGGAGUCCGAGGCGGAGAGUUGUGGAACAUCUGUGGACGGGGAAUUCAUUACACCCACUGCAGCGGCAAUGUCUCGUGUGAUGCUUAACGAACAGCAGGCGUACGAGAACGACCGUCGAAGCGAGGUCAGAAGCAGCCGGAUACUCCCUGCACCAACCCGAGUAUCGUCUUAUAUUGGUGGUAGUGUGUACGAGACCAGCUCACAAUAUUCACGCCGCUCACACUCAUCCAAACAUUCCAAAAGCUCCAAGACGUCUCGGUCCCACAGUGAGAGCAAGCAUAAGAAAGAUGAAACGAAAGAUAAGGAAAAGAAGAAGAAAAAGAAGCCCUCUCCUCUGAGAAAGCUAUUUAGCUGA